AAAUGUUGACAUUUUUAAUUGUUUCUCUUAAUUGUUGCUAUUAAUUAUCUUAAUAGUUUUUGUAUCUUUAAAGGAGAAUUUGAUUGUCUUUUCUUACCUAAUUCGCUGAGUAACUAAAUUCAAUUGUUUGGAUUGUUUUUAGAAUAUGAAUGAGAAUCGAUUUUGUAUUUGAAUUUUUUUUCUAUUCACUUUUUUUCUUAGAUAUUCUUUUUUCUUUUCUUCUUCAAUUGUGAGUGAUAAUUUUAAUUUUAAUUGUUUAUUAUCAUGUCAACUGGUAAUCCUAUUCCUGGUACUUCAACUGGUACCAAUCAAUCAACAGCUACUGCUACUAGUGGAAAUGUAACAUCUUCGUCUGGUGUUACCUCAAUCCCUUUAGCACCGAAUGUUGUUCAAGUUAAUCCAAAAUUGAAAAAUAAUCCAAUUCUAACUGGAAUUAAGAACGUCCGGUGGAUUUUUAAUGAUAUUGUUCCAGAUUUUGUUCUUGGUCAAACAACGUGUGCUCUUUACUUGACCUUAAGACAUCAUACUCAAUAUCCUAAUUAUAUUUACGAUCGGAUGCAACAAGUUGGUAAAUCAUAUCAAUUACAAGUGUUACUUGUUCUGGUUGAUGUUAUGGAUCCAAAUGCUUUAUUGAAAGAACUCGCUAAAGUAUCAAUUAUGGCGGAUUUUACUUUAAUUUGCUGUUGGUCAGUUGAAGAAGCUUCAAGAAUAGUUGAACAGUAUAAAAUGUUUGAGAAAAAAUCGCCCGCUGUUAUCAUGGAGAAACAAUUAGCUAAUAUCAAUGGAACAGAGGAUAAACAUAAGUGUAUCAUGGAGGCUCUUUCAAGUAUCAAAUCGAUUAACAAAACUGAUUCAUUAACAUUAAUCUCACAUUUUGAAUCACUCGAGAGAAUAGUUAAAUCGGAUGGUGAAACUUUGGGCCUUUGUCCCGGUUUAGGUCCACAAAAGGCGGAGAAAUUGUACCAAGCGUUUCAUAAACCGUUCCUAAGAAACGAUUGAAUAACCAAUUAGUUUUUCUAUUGUUAAAAUCGUUCUAUUAACGUUAUUUUUUCACCACAAAGAUUUGAUUAGAAACCGAGAAUCAAAGGAUAAAGAUUGAGAAAUUUCAUCAAAUUUUAAA